UUCCGAUCCAGUCUCGAGCCAACACCGGCCCCAGUCGAGUCGGACAAGUCGCAGAAACGAGACCGGUCAUGUUACGAUGAGAAUCCGCGUGUCUGCCGUCGUCUUCGCCAACUUCGUCCUCGUCCUCGCCGCCCCCGGGGCCGCCUUUAUCCAACCUCCAGGACGCCCGGAUGAACCGUCCUACCUCUCCGGCCCAGGGGUUGUCGGAAAACAGACCCCUGUCCCUCACUAUGACCGAAUGAAACUGAGGGAGGUGGCGGAAGGUAGCAAGAUCUUGCUCGGCGUGUUUAUCGACGAAGACCUGGUAGACUGCGAGCUUCGUCGCAACAGCCGCGAAGCAUCAAAUUUGCGCUUGGAGGUCCAAGCCGCGAGGGACGAUAACGCUACUUAUUUAGACUUAAACCACUUAAAUCGUGGGCCGGAGUUAUCCUGGCUCAACUUCAGCGCAUUCGCCAGGGACUGUAGGAAGAAGCAGAAGGCCCAAACGAAGACUAACAGCAGGAGAAGGCGUUCCUUGCUUUCCAAUAAGCCGAGACGGCAUAGCCGGAGCAAAGUGUUGUACAGAACGAGACACGACGAUAUCGCAAUGAACAGAUAUCACAUUAAGCAAAACCUGAUUACACCUGGGACGAAAUGGUGCGGUCCGAACAACCAAGCGAAAAAGUACACGGAUCUCGGCGGUUUCUGGAAGGCCGACAAGUGCUGCAGGAAGCACGACACCUGCGACCAGAGCAUCGGCCCUUUCAGCGUCAAAUACUCCCUGCCCAACGGAGGCCCUUUUACCAUGAGCCACUGCAGCUGCGAUAAAAGGUUUCGAAGGUGUCUCAAGAUGGCCGAUACUGGCGCGGCAACGUUCGUCGGAAAAGUCUUUUUCUUCAUACAGAAGCAGUGUUUCGUCACUAGGACGGAGAAGGUCUGCAACAAGCGCAACUGGCGCGGCAAGUGUCAAUCGAGUUCCUAUGAUAUCGUAGCCCACGUCAGGGACAACUUCGUCUUCUGAACGAGUGGAAAUUACUAGAAAGUGUUACCCAGUCUAAGUCCUAGGGUUCUGAAUUGUGAACUUCGCAUAUUGACGACUACCCCGGUCGUAAGGGGAAAUUGUUAGUCGGUUUUUUCCCCUUUGUACAGACGUUUAUAUUUUUGUAAAAAAUAUUCAUUAAACGUUUAUAAAACAAUUAUAGUUUUUAAUUAAAUUUGCUGCAUUGUGUAUAAUAUUGUUCUGUAUUUAUUUAUGUUUAUUUUUAAAUGGCAUCAGCAAGGCUGCUUGUCAAAACAAAAAUAUGUGAAAAUUUGAAUAAAGUACUCUCACACUUUCAUGAAAUAUCUCCAAAAUAGUUUUUGUCCUUUUUAAAUAAAAAUAUUUUAAGUUUAUACACGAAUUUUGUCAAUUUUAUUUGUAUUUUUUGAAACCUGUACAGCGCCUGCCAUCUAUCUUUUAACUUGGGCAGCUACACCCAACGUUCCAAACUUUUGUAAUUAAAAAUUAAAAGAAAAGGAUGUUACCCUUAAAAUCAUUGAAAAGAUUGAACUAAGCAUAAUAUUCAUGCAUAAUUCAGUUAAUAUUUCAUGAAUUAUAAAUAAUUUUUUAAUUUAAGCAAUUAUAAAGUUGUGAAAUUAUGUUACAAUUCUUGAGUUGAGUGAUCACUCACGUUAAUAUCCGUUCAUUACAUUAUUCAAUAUUGAAAAGCAAUUAUAAUUCGAUAAUAGUCAAUAAAAAUGCCAGUUUUCAAUUUUACAAUUA